AUGUUUAGUUUUAGCGCCAAUAAAGUUGGACUUUUCUUCACCGAAGGCUCAAAUAGUACCAAAACUGUACUGUUUAAGGAUGAUUAUAAUAAAUACGUGAUCCACCACGAAAGUAUUGCAGCGGAACAAAUCUUCUUUGAAGGCGUUUUAAACCACCAAUUAGUACAAUUAAAUACAAUUUUAGCAAUAGGAAUACAUCCUGACAGGUUUUAUAUUUCAUUAAACUAUUUCUCUGGGAAUUGA